UUGAGAGUGAGUUGUAAGCUUGUAAGUUCACCUGUUGGUCCGUCGCCACCCAUUCUCCAUCCUCUACACAUCCACGACCCAUCCUCCACAAUUUGUUCUGCCAUCAAUCAAACAAAAUUCCACAUACAUUCCUACAUAAAUACAUACGUAUACCGAGACAAUCGGAUUGCCGUACUGGAUACAUCUCAAAACGAGAAGCAAAAAAGAAGAAUGGCGCCAAGUCUCGUGUUCUUGCUCGUGCUCCUGAGCUGCAGCGCUACUGCUACCCUUGUCGCCUGCAGCAGCAGCAAUGAAGCAGAAGCAGGGCUCCGCAUGAAGCUCGCCCAUGUCGACGACAAGGGCGGCUACACCACGGAGGAGCGCGUGCUGCGCGCCGUCGCCGUCAGCCGCCAGCAGCAGCAGCAGCGGCUGAUGGCCGGUGCAGAGGACGACGUGAGCGCACAGGUGCACCGCGCGACGCGGCAGUACAUCGCGUCGUACCUCAUCGGCUCACCGCCGCAGCGGACCGAGGCGCUGAUCGACACCGGCAGCGACCUCAUCUGGACGCAGUGCGCCACCACCUGCCUCCCCAAGAGCUGCGCCAAGCAGGGCCUCCCGUACUACAACCUCUCCCAAUCCUCCACCUUCGUGCCGGUGCCGUGCGCCGACAAGGCAGGGUUCUGCGCGGCCAACGGCGUGCACCUCUGCGGCCUGGACGGUAGCUGCACCUUCAUCGCCAGCUACGGCGCCGGCCGCGUCAUCGGCUCCCUCGGCACGGAGUCCUUCGCCUUCGAGUCCGGCACCACCAGCCUCGCCUUCGGCUGCGUCUCCCUGACGCGCAUCACGUCCGGAGCCCUCAACGAUGCGUCAGGGCUCAUCGGGCUUGGCCGCGGCCGCCUGUCACUGGUGUCCCAGAUAGGCGCCACCAGGUUCUCCUACUGCCUCACCCCCUACUUCCACAGCAGCGGCGCGUCCAGCCACCUGUUCGUCGGAGCAUCGGCGAGCCUGGGCGGCGGCGGUGCUUCCAUGCCGUUCGUGAAGAGCCCCAAGGACUACCCCUACAGCACGUUCUACUACCUCCCGCUGGAGGGCAUCACCGUGGGGAAGACUCGGCUGCCGGCGGUCAACAGCACAACGUUCCAGCUCCGGCAGCUGUUCAAGGGAUACUGGGCGGGCGGCGUCAUCAUCGACACCGGCAGCCCGCUGACCCAGCUCGCCAGCCACGCCUACGAGGCGCUGAAGGAGGAGGUGGCCGCGCAGCUGGGCAACGGCAGCCUGGUGCCGGCGCCGGAGGACAGCGGGCUGGAGCUCUGCGUGGCGCGAGAGGGGUUCCAGAAGGUGGUGCCGGCCCUGGUGUUCCACUUCGGUGGCGGUGCGGACAUGGCGGUGCCGGCGGCAAGCUAUUGGGCGCCCGUGGACAAGGCGGCAGCGUGCAUGAUGAUCCUGGAAGGAGGGUACGACAGCAUCAUCGGCAACUUCCAACAGCAGGACAUGCACCUGCUCUAUGACCUCCGCAGGGGCCGCUUCUCCUUCCAGACCGCAGACUGCACCAUGCUCUAAGCCUCUGCUCCUCUAAUUAACCUGAUAAUGUGAAUUCAGGGCAAUACCUUUUCUUAGUUAUUCAUCUAAUUCAGGGUAGCUAUCAGGUUGUGAUAUGUUGGCUAUAAUGUUUGUGGGGGAAAAGGAACAAUCGUACUUGUAUUCAUUGCAUGAAUUUAGUAAAUAACAAUAUGAGGGUAUACAUGAAUUAGCAUGA